CAAUAGAGUCACAUGAUGAAGUCAUACUGUACCUCAGAGAGCAAAUUGAUUCAUAGACUCAGAACCUCAUGUAGACAGAAGUGCAGAAGACCCAGGACGAAGAUACAAUGAAUAAUAACAUCUACAUGAUGCUCUUUCUUUUUCUUCAUGAAGUCUGUGAACUCAAUUGCAAUGUUGCUCAUGUGGAUCAGGUUUUAACCGUGAAAGAGGGAGGGAAUAUAUUAUUACCUUGUCUCAUUGUAAAUGAUCAGUUACACCGAGUACUAUGGUAUAAACAGGUCCUUGGAGAGAAACCUCUCCUAAUAGUGUCAUCAUAUCACCACUCUCAACCAAAUGAAUUUUCUCCCGACUUGGAAGCAAAUCAUCGUUUUCAUGCAGUGAGAGAGGAUUAUAGUUUUAAUUUAACCAUCUUGAGAACCUUGAAAUCUGAUUCAGGCACGUAUUUCUGUGGAGCUGCCUUUGCUAAUGUUAUUUCCUUCAGCACUGGAACUGUUUUGCUGGUUAAAGGUGCAGACCUCAAACCUGCUGUUAUUCAACAGCCUAUGCUUAAUGUUAUAAAGCCAGGAAGCAAUGUGACUUUGCAGUGCUCAGUAGAAGGGAAGAUGUGUGAGAAUGGAGUGCAACUAGUUUACUGGUACAGACGCAGUUCAGACAGUAUCCAUCCAGGAAUGGUUUAUACUCAUGGAGACAUGAACAAUGGGUGUGGGAAGAACUCUGCUGCCUCCUCUCCUAUGCAGAGCUGUCUUUAUAACCUCCCUAAGAUGAAUGUUGGUCUCUCUGAUGCUGGACUGUACUACUGCGCUGUGGUAACUUGUGAUGAAGUUUUAUUUGGAAAUGGCACGACGUUGGUCAUUGAAGAUGAAUUUAAUAGCGAGAGGAUGCCAUAUUUUAUAAUAAUUGGCCUUGCAUUGAUGUGCACAGUCAGUUUUACCAUCAAUAUUUUGCUCUGUAUACCAUUGAGAAGAAAAGAUAGAACGCCUCAACAAAUCCAGAUUACCAAUGACGAUACAACAAUAGUUCAGUACCGCAACACAGAUGACGUUAACUAUGCUGCUCUGAACCUUUCCACUAAAAGAGGUCAGAGAAAAAGGACCUUAGAGGACACAACGUACUCUGUACCGACAUUGCGAGACAAGAUAUGAAACUUAUAGCUGCUGAUCAUUUAAACGUACCAUAAUAUUUAUAAUAUUGAACUCCAGGAGUGCAUUAGUAAUAUUCCAUAUUUGUGUCUCUAAUUAUAGUCUGUGCUUAUUCUGCAUCGUGUUAAACAUGUUUUUUUUUUCAAGAAACGUGUUGUGGGUGUUAACAUUAGCACUUCUGGGAGCUGACAUGAAAAAUUAUAUAAAAGCAUAACCACAUCCUGUAAAGAUGUAACUAGAUGUGAAA